ACUGCAACUCCACGCAAGAGCUUUGGGAGAAUAAUCAGGUCCGUUCAGAAUGGCGGCCACCAGUGACGUUUUUGUUAAUAAUGACUAUAUUUCGUUGACGGCUUCAACCCCCUUAAAGAAUGGAAGGCAAUACAACUCCCGAUAAAGAAUCUCAGAGAUUAUUCUUGAGGCAGUUUGAAUGUGAAGGAAAUGUCCUGCCGGGAGAGUUGUGUCGCAGCAUACAAGGACAGACGCUGUGUGUUUGUUCUGGUGAUUGCCUGAAAACUGGAUGGACAUUUUUUUUUUUUUUUUUUACAGUGGUUUAGUUCGCUCUGGCUGAGUCACAUGUUGGCUGGCUUCAUUGCCAGCUACACAGAGAAGCAGCUAGGCUUUAUUAUUCUCUGCAGAUCCCACUUUAGACGGAGGCCUGGUAAGGUUUGCAGAGGGGAGUAUGGGGAAGAGGAAAGCGUUUAGAUGCAGCAUGCAGAUGGAGGCAGACAAAACUCCACGGUUAGAUUAAAUACGGAACUAAAUGAAUGUUGAUUAUUUCUCUCAGGGCUGAGAUGACAGACUGUUUGGAGAUGAAGUUCUUAAUGAGUGAGAGAGAAAACACCGAGGAGUAGGAGGAGGAGGCGGCUUUAGGACCUUGAGAUUUGCGCUCCUCCCUCUUUUCCUCCUCCACUGAAGGAUGUUUACAAAGAAAGCUUCUGCUCUGACAAAAACAAGGGCUGGGACUGAAGCGAAGAGGAGCAGUGUGUGUCUGAUGCAUAGGCUCCUCACCAAUUUCGAUCCUCCAAUUCUUACAAAUUAUUACUUUUAGAAAAAGGAGGAAGGGGAAAAAGAAUCAUCAUGUUGUUGGUGAAUUCAGCCCGGCAGCUUUCCAAAAUGUUUUUUUCUUUGCACAUUGUUUUUCUGAGCGCGGCCAUCGUGGAAGGCAGCACACCGAGUGGGGGGCAAAGAGACUGUGUGAGAUCCAGAGGUUUGGACUACAGAGGAGAACAACAGAGCUCCUCCACAGGUCUGACUUGUCUGAACUGGAUCAACACAACAAGAGACUAUGAUGUUGAAAUCCACCCAGAUUCACAGACAGGUGCUGGAGAUCACAAUUGCUGCAGAAACCCGGACGCCUCUGAGGGGCCCUGGUGCUACAUUGCAGCCCCAGAUGGAACAAUCCAGAGGCAGUUCUGUGCAAUUGAGACGUGCAAAGAGCAAACGACAGCUGCGCCAGCUGAGGUCGGGUCCCUCAGACCUACAGAGAUCAUUUCCUCCACGCAGAGCUUGCAGGCAGCCUUGCCGGGUAAACAGAGAGAGGUUGCUGCUGUGCAGCCAGUGAUGGGCAUCAGCCAGAGAGUGAGAACAGGACCUAAACAGAAGAAGGACCUGGGAACCACUGGCAUGGUCCUGGGCAGCCUUAUGAUGGCAAUUAUAAUCAUCCUUGGAGUGGGCAUCACGCUUGGCUACUUUUAUAAAAGGGGUCAAAACCUGAAGAAGCAGCAUGAGCAGCGGCGGUACGAGCGUGAGAUGCAGAGGAUCUCCCUGCCCCUCUCAGCCUUCUCCAACCCCACCUGUGAGCUCAUAGACGAGAACACCAUCGUGAUCACGGCCGAGCACGAGACCACACCCGUCCAGGAGGGCGGGGACCCGCUCAUGGGUCAGCACGCCGGUACUCCUGGAGCAUGAGAGGAGCAUGGGUUCCUCAAACUGGACCAAAACCGCUCCCACGAUCCCCAUCUCUCCUUUCCGCCUCCCUGAGGGAGCUCAAGUUUCAGAAGAGUCGGGGAGCAGCGUCGGCUCAAAGACUAAAACUGCCUGCUGUGUCAUUUGUUCCCCGUUUUAAUCCGUUCAUUUCUUUCCCCCUCCUUAAUAAGUGAGACACGGAUGUUCUUCAGUAAAACAGAGACGGUGGUAACAAUCUA